GGCGACAUCAUGAUCCCAAGGAUACUUUCGAAUACGAAGAAUGCUACGAGCACGGUCACUUCCGUCAUUGAAACUGACCCAAAAGAAGAGAGAGCUCUAGUAUGGCGCCUAGAUCUAUUCUUCCUAACGAUCGGCUUCCUAGGCUACGUCUUCAAGUAUCUAGAUCAGACCAAUAUUGUGGGUUCAUCUGGGACACUUGAAGCAGUAUCGUUCUAA